AUGGAAAGCUUGGAGGAUUCAGUCUGGGGACACAUCCUUCUUUCGCCUGCGGGUGGUGCUGUUGCACCUUUAUGUUCCUUUUUUACCCUCUGGGGACGCUGUAGCUCUCCUGCUACCUUCGCGGGCUUCCUCUUUCUGCUCGGUCGGUAUCUUCUGUGUUGUUACAAGGUGAAGGUGGCGCUGCUGCUGCAGAACAACACCAUCGAGACGUACAGCCUGAAGACUUCAGACAAGAACCCCUCAGCCAGUAAGACGGCUCGCCUGACGCUGGGCGGCCAUCGCACCGACGCGCGCACGCUGGCCUUCAGCUCCGACAACCUGGCCGUCCUCUCUGCCUCUGGAGACACGGUCAAAGUGUGGAACAGGUCGACUCUGCAGGUGAUUCGCACCAUGACCUGCGAGUACGCACUCUGCUCGCUCUUUGUGCCCGGAGACAGACAGAUCAUCCUGGGAACUAAGGUAUCUAUAACUUCACGACCACAGACGUCCACGAUAUUCACUCUUUUAAGAGGAUCUAUUUAUUCGUUUUGCUGUGUGGUUUAGGGCUGCCACGAUUAUUCGACAAAUCGACGACUAAUCGACUAUUAAAAUAGUCGACGAAUAAUUUGGUCGUCGAAGCGUCGUUUUUUUGUUUGUUUUUUU